AUCAUUCAAACAAAAUCGAACGGCGCAGAUUUUGCCUGUGAUCUUAACCACAACACCGUACUGUAAUCCUACGAACCCUGUCCUGUCCUGUUCUGUUCUUGCAGUCCCAGUAGAUACCUAAAGCGUCACUAUUUUUGUCUGCCGCAUCUUCCCAUCCUUAAUUUCUUCAAAACCCUAGCAUAAACCCAUCCCCCCCAAUUUCUAAACCCUAAUAGCUGGAAUAUUCUGUUCUCAUUUAGGGUUUUAUUUUUUUUCUUUUUUUUUUUAAAUUUAUAUUUGAGUUUUUCGUCGUUUCUCUCUCUGUCUCUUGGGUGAUUGUUCGACGCUACGACAAUGGAGACUCUUUGUUCGAACGCCGCCGUGGUGGAGAGUUUCGUGAGCUCCGUAGUUCAAGCUGCGGUGGUGCAGACAGCCGUCGUUGCUGUAAAGUCAGUUGCUUGGUCACUGUUCAUGAUUGGGACUCUGCCUAGUGGAAUUGAUGUCUUGCCAAAGGAACCUAAUGCAUUUACGGGGUUCCCUUUUGAUAAGCUUCAUGCUUUGAGAAAACCUGGUCCUGAGAACAAAGAUGCCAGUGACACUGAGGAUGAUGAUGAUGAGGACGAUGAGGCUGCAGAUGAUCAGGAUGAGGAUGGAGGUGAGGAUGAAGAUGGAUCUGAUGAAGAUGGCGAAGAUGGAGAUCCUGAGGAUGGACCAGAGGCCAACGGUGAUGGUGCCAGUGGAGACGAGGAUGAUGAAGACGACGAUGAUGAGGAGGAUGAUGAUGACGAUGAUGAUGGUGAGGAAGAGGAGGAGGAAGACGAUGAAGAAGAUGAGGAGGAGAUUCCUCAGCCACCAGCUAAGAAAAGAAAAUAAACCAGACUUUCUUUUCUUUAUCGUUUUCGUUUUUUUGGGCAGUGUGGUGUUAGUUGGAGGCUAGAAUGGGCAGAUUCAUGUUACCUGUCCACAUUAGGGUAGAUUAAGAUUGCAAUACUUUGUGGAUUAAGAACCCUUUUUAUGUUUUCUAUUCUCAGUUUGUAAUGUGAUCGUAUAUUAGCUCUUUUAGCUCUAUCUCACUCCCUUCAAUCUUCGUACAUCAACAUUGAUUCUUGAUUAAAUUUGAAUGCCUCCAUGGUUAGAAGUGUUACUAUUUGGUUUUAGAGAGAGCAUCUCUGGUCUUUAUCUUAGGGCACAGCCUUCGGUUUUA